GAAUUUUCCUCCUCACCUUCCUUUCUUUUCUUUUUCUCUAAGUUCCAAACAGGUCCUAAGUUCCAAAGAAAACCUUCAGAAUUCAAUUCAUUACCUCAAUUCAGAAGAGGAAAUGAAGAUACUACGUCUCUUUUUGGAGGGAGAGGAAAAACCUAAAACUUUGUUCAAGUUCUGAACAGAUGCGAGAGGAGAUCUUACCUGCAGGCUGCAGUAUCGCCAGAGAGUGAGUGUCUAUGUGUGUGUGAGAGAGAGAGAGAGAGAGAGAGAGAGAGAGAGAGAGGUAUUUGAUGGAGGUUUAUGAUUGGUUUGUAGAGCGGAUAUUCAUCAGCUGCGGAAUCUGGAAUCAGGGAGGAUCUCGGCCUUACCUCUGCACAGUACUCUGUUUUCGCUUCAAUAUUCACGUUUGGAGCAAUGUUGGGUGCCACUGUAAGUGGCAAAAUAGCAGAUCUCAUUGGCCGAAAAAAGUCAAUCUGGCUCUGCGACAUAUUUUACGUCAUGGGGUGGCUUGCAAUACUUUUUGCAAAGGGUGUUUGGUGGCUCGACUUUGGAAGAUUGACAGUGGGAUUUGGUGCGGGGAUUCAAUCAUAUGUGGCAUCUGUAUAUGUUGCUGAAAUCACACCUAAGAAAAUUCGAGGAGGAUUUACGGCAGCUAACAUGUUGGUGCUAUGUUUUGGUAUAUCCUUAAUGUUUUUCAUGGGAAAUGUCUUGACAUGGCGCACCAUGGCUAUAAUUGGACUGGUUCCAUGCUUCGUACAAUCGGUAGGCAUGUUCUUCAUACCCGAGUCUCCAAGAUGGUUGGCAAAGAUUGGCCGAGAAAAAGAGUUGGAAAACACUUUACGAAGUCUCAGGGGGAAGAAUGCUGAUAUUUUUUCAGAAAUGACUGAGAUCAGGGACUAUACGAAAACUUUUGAACAACUCUCCAAAACGAGCAUUCUAAACUUGUUUGAGCGAAGAUAUGCUCAUCAGCUUACUAUUGGAGUUGGAAUAAUGUUACUGCAACAAUUUGGAGGGAGCAACGGAAUUUUGUACUAUGCCAGUUCAAUUUUUGAAGCCGCAGGCUGUUCAGCUAGUGUUGGGACAACAACAAUGGCUAUUAUUCAGAUUCCCUUUACUGCUUUGAAUGUUCUUUUAGUGGAUAGAUCCGGCCGGCGACCACUUUUGAUGGUUUCUGCGGCAGGAACAUGCUUAGGAAACAUUCUUGUUGGGUUGGGAUUCCUCUUUCAGGGUUUUCAAUACUCAAGCGAGCUCUGUGCUAUACUAGUGUUAUCUGGCAUAUUGAUAUACUCGGCAUCUUUUACAGCAGGCAUGAAUGCUACUCCAUAUAUUCUCAUGUCAGAGAUAUUUCCUGUAAACAUAAGGGGUUCAGCUGGAAGCCUUGUGAUUUUUGCCAACUGGUUCACUGCAUGGAUUGUUUCCUACAGCUUUAACUUCUUGUUUGAUUGGAGCUCACCAGGAGUAUUCUUCAUCUUUGCUGCAAUCUGUGGCUCAACCAUUCUAUUUGUGGCAAAGUUGGUGCCUGAGACGAAGGGUCGAUCUCUAGAAGAAAUACAAGCAUCCAUGACCCAUCUUCUGCAAUGACAUUUCAAUGUAAACUACUAUGUUUUAUGGUCACAGCGGUGACAUUUUUUUCAGUACCUGUAUCACAAUCAAAUAAAAUAUAAAUAAAGAUGCAGUUCUCAUUUUCUAGGUAGGGCAUGGAAGGCUUCAUGCUAUCAUGUUUUCCUUUUUUGUUUCCUUUUUUAAAAUUUUGUGAUUCUCAAUGCUCAUCUUUCACUAUUGUGAUCCUCCAGAUGUGCUUCCACUACUAGUGUGGGCCAUUUUCUUUAUGUUCGAUGUACCCCUUUUUGUAAGGGAACGUUUUCAACUAUAUUUUCAGGUAAAAGAUCGGUUCAUUUA